GUUAGUUGGGAGUUGGCUGGACCAGGAAGCAGUGCAGACCACCACCAGGACCAGGACCAACUCUAAGACCAGGACCAGCACCAGGACCAGGACCAACUCUAAGACCAGGACCAGCAGACGGGAAGGACAGACACUAAGAAGAAGAAGAUGAGCGGAGGACUGAACAGCAUCGAUGCAGUGAAGAAGAAGAUCAAGGUUCUGCAGGACCAGGCAGAGGAGGCCGAGGAGAGGGCGGAGCGACUGCAGAAGGAGGUGGAGAAGGAGAAGAGGAGCAGAGAGGAGGCGGAGGCGGAGGUGACCGCUCUGGGUCGUCGUCUGCAGCUGAGUGAGGAGAAUCUGGACCGAGCUCAGGAGAGACUCUCCACUGCCCUCCACAAGCUGGACGAGGUGGAGAAGGCUGCGGACGAGAGCGAGAGAGGUAUGAAGGUGAUCGAGAACAGAGCUCUGAAGGAUGAGGACAGGCUGGAGCAUCUGGAGGUUCAGCUCAGAGAAGCCAAGCAGAUCGCUGAGGAGGCCGACCGCAAAUAUGAAGAGGUGGCUCGUAAACAUCUGAUGUUGGAAGGAGAGCUGGAACGAGCUGAAGACAGAGCCGAGCGGGCUGAGAGUAAUGUUCGGAAGCUGGACGAGCAGUUGAGGAGUUUUGACCAAUCACUGAAGAGCCUGCAGGCAACUGAGGACAAGUAUUCUCAGAAAGAGGACCGGUAUGAAGAGGAGAUCAAGAACUUGAGUGGAAAACUCAAAGAGGCCGAGAGCCGGGCGGAGUGUGCCGAGCGCUCCGUGGCCAAACUGGAGAAAGCCAUUGAUGAGCUGGAAGACAAAAUGGCGGCGCUUGUCAGUCGAGCAACUUUGUUGAGAUCGAAGAAACUUUCACUUCAUAAGGUAUGGUUCCACCACUCUGGGGUUCUCCGGUCCGGUUCCGGGUCCCAGUCCGGUUCCGGGUCCCAGUCCGGGUUCUUCCCUGCAGCGGAAGGCGUCAUGUUGCCGACAGGAAGCUUCAGCAACAAAGUGGCGUUCAUCACAGGGGGCGGGACAGGACUCGGCCGUGCGAUGACCACCACGCUGUCCCAGCUCGGAGCUCAGUGCGUCAUCGCCAGCAGAAAGUUGGAUGUUCUGCAGAAGACGGCCGACGAGAUCAGCAACCAGACUGGAAACAAGGUCCAUGUGGUUCAGUGUGAUGUCAGAGAUCCUCAGGCCGUCUCUCGUUGUGUCGACCAGAUGGAGAGUCUGACAGGACUUCCUGAUGUGAUCAUCAACAAUGCAGCAGGAAACUUUGUGUGUCCAUCAGAGCGUCUCUCACCCAACGGCUGGAAGAGCAUCACAGACAUCGUCCUGAAUGGGACGGCAUACGUGACCCUGGAGAUAGGAAAGAGACUGAUCCAGAGUCAGAAAGGUGCUUCCUUCCUGGCCAUCACCACGAUCUAUGCGGAGUCUGGUUCUGGAUUUGUGGUCCCAAGUGCGUCUGCAAAGGCCGGAGUCGAGGCCCUCUUCAAGUCUCUAGCUGCAGAGUGGGGGCGCUAUGGCCACAGGUUUAACAUCAUCCAGCCUGGACCAAUCAGAACCAAGGGCGCGUUCAGUCGUAUGGAUCCGACAGGAGUGUUCGAGAAGGCCAUGAUUGGUCGGAUCCCGACUGGUCGCCUCGGGCAACCAGCAGAGAUCGCAAACCUGGCAGCGUACAUGAGCAGCGAGUACGCCACCUGGAUGUCUGGAGCUGUGAUCCGGCUCGAUGGAGGAGAGUACGUGUCGAUGGCCGGAGAGUUCAACGAGCUUCGCAGGGUGACUCCAGAUCAGUGGACAUUGAUGGAGAAAAUGAUUCGAGGAACUAAAGGAUCGUAGUGUCCACUCUGACCACUGCCUUGUUACCAUGGAGACGGUGGGACUGUGUCUCUGACGCCGUCAUGGCGAUGAACUGAUCAGCUGACUCUGAUGUCAUGUGACUUUCUGCACAUGUGCAGUUUUCAAACAGUGAAUUUCAAACAUCACAUGUUUAAUUUUCUCUUCACUGUGAUGGUGAGUGAAGGGAGGAGCUUAGUUAUGUUAGUUAGUUAUGUUAGUUAGUUAGUUAGUUAGUUAGUUAGUUAGUUAGUUAGUUAGUUAGUUAGUUAGUUAGUUAGGUAGAGAUAAGCAAUGAAAUUUCCUCCUUCACACACAACUGAGAAUUUAAAACAAUAAAAUUCAAUAGAAACUUUCA